GUUUCCGUUCUUGAUCAUUUCUGCAAACGUUAAAUGCGCGUGUUUUGCAAUGUCAUUCACCCCCGGAAUGUAUACUCGUUAUUUUAUCCAUUUUAUUUUGUAAAAAAUGACGAGACGUUAUAUCUAACAGUGACUUGCCCAUUCAACUAUGCAAUUGAUUAUUUUCCGCCGAUUGUUAUUGUUUAGCCCAAAGACCACGAGAGUAAUUCAAACCCUUUAGAAAGACAGCUCACAUUUUGGACGGUGAAUGCCGUUGAUAUAUCACGUUUUUAAGUUAAUUUAUCACAUGAUUAUGAAAUACAGAGUAUUAUGAUAAUAACGGAGAGCCGAAACAUCGAAAUAAUGAAAUAUUUGGGCGUCGGCGGGGUGUGUGAAGUGUGUGGUGAUGGUCUGCUGAGAGAUAGAAAGAGAGAGAGAGAGGGAGGGAGAGAGAAAGAUAGAAAGAGAGAGAGCGCGAGUGAGAGAGAGAGCAAGAGAGCGACAGUGGCGAGUGAGUGUGUGUCAGCUGUCAUGACGCCAGGUUGACCCCUUAAUCGGCCUUUUUUGGAGGACCUCACAAAUAUGCUUAAGCUAAACAAGAAGGACCACGGCCGAGACUACAAGUGCACGAUACGUCUCCUGGACGACAACGAGGUCCUCGAGUGUGAAUUUCAGAGCUAUCACAAGGGCCGAGUUCUACUGGAUUUCGUCUUCAGUAAACUGAAUCUCGUGGAAACAGACUAUUUUGCUCUACGUUAUGUUGACCAGAACAAGCAGCGACAUUGGUUAGAUCCGAACAAGAAUAUUUUAAGACAGAUAAAGAAUUUGUCUCCGAUCCUCUUUUGUUUUCGAGUGAAGUUUUAUCCUGCUGACCCACUGCGAUUACAGGAGGAAAUCACCAGGUAUCAGUUGUUUCUUCAGUUGAGGAGAGACCUCCUUCAUGGAAGGUUGUACUGCUCGCAAAGUGAUGCUGCACAAUUGGCUGCCUAUAUCGUUCAAGCUGAAAUUGGUGAUUAUGAUCCUACAAAGCACUUCGGAAACUACAUCAACGAUUUUAGAAUAUUACUCAAGCAGACGUCAAAAAUUGAGGAAAAGAUAAUGGAGAUCCAUCCCACAUUGAAAAACCAUUCUCCGUUGAUGGCUGAAACCUGCUUUUUGAAGAAGGCCUCUAUAUUGGACACUUAUGGUGUUGAUCCACAUCCUGUGAAAGAGAUUGAUACAGACCACAGAGGAAGCCAGCUGUAUUUAGGUCUAAAUCACACUGGGGUGCUAACCUUUCAAGGCUCACGUAAAACUCACCACUUUCGAUGGGCCGACGUACAAAAGUUGAAUUACGAGGGGAAGAUGUUCAUCGUCCAUCUGAUGUUUGCAGAGGAUGCAAGAACAAAGAAAAAACACACUGUGGGAUUUAAGUGUCCAACAGCAUCUGCCUGCAGACAUUUGUGGAGAUGCGCUGUAGAGCAGAGGCUCUUUUAUACGUUAGAGAAUUCAAAUAAACAAGGUGUUGUAGUAACUGGAGGAUCGUUCUUUUCACGAGGCUCUCGUUUUCGUUAUGCCGGACGGUGUGAAAAGGAAGUAGUGGAGGAGAGCUCAGGGAUACUGAGAGAACCUCCCACAGUGAAUCGUGUGUCCCUCAGGAAUAUUGGCAGAUCAACAUCACUUCCAACUACACCAGCAGAUUCUGAUAAUUAUGAUGCUGUGAUGAGCCGUGUUCACAGGCCACUACCUUACAUUGAUCGAAGCAGUAGUUUAGAUGAGGAUGUGCUGUGUGGAGCUGAUACAGGAUCCCAGGAUUUAACAGAAGGACUUAAUCAUGUCAAUGGUGGAUGCGGAGGUCCUGGUGCUGCUUACUGUCCUGAGUCUACGUUACCACCGCUGUCACUCCUAGAGCCACUGUUAGAAGCACAGGAGAAUAAGUCUCGUUCAUCUUCCAUCCUUGAUUCCAGCUUUGUCGACGCUGAGAGUAGUCUUGAACCAGGCUUGGAGGCUAAAGGGAAACAGGAAGAAGAAGAACGAAAGGAUUUAGAGAAAGAAGUUAAAGAGACCAAUUUGGAACCAAAAGUAAAUGGGGAAGAAGCUUUGCUUCAGCAGCAACUCUUCCAUGAUUACAGUGACAGAGGUGGUCACAUGAGUGAAUUUGGUGAUACAUCAUCAACAGAAACCUUGGGUCAUCCCCACAAUAUCAUGGGUGACCCAAGAUUAUUAUUAUCAGACAGAGAUGAUAAACAUUCCAUUAGUUCAACGGCAACCCUUAUUGCUCCUACUGUCAGGGAAGCAAUAAGAAUUCCACCACUCUCUCUACCUCAAGAUUUAACCCGGGGAGGAGCUCAGAGAUUGCUUAGAGGGCGGUUAACGAAACAUAACGUUAAGACAUUUCUUAGGGUUUUUCUGGUGGCUUUUAUCUUUGUAGUUUUUGUCCUAACUUGCUCAGUGAUUUUAGUCUUUGAAAGUGAAGGAGGAUUACUUCAGGGAUUUGCAUCGACAAGAGAAAUGAUGCUUCUGAGAAUUCAGUAUUAUCAACCCAUUAAGGAACUUUUUAGAAGAUGGUUGGGUAUUAAAUCUUGAAUUAUUUUCAUAAUAUGACUCAUUCUUCCAGGUUAACCAGUUGGUGAUUUAUGCCAUGAUCAAAUCACGGUCAUGUCUGUACAUAACUUUUAUGAGAUUUGAUGAUUUAUAUUUUGUGCUAUUAAUUCGUAAAUAAUUUGCUGGUGGAAGUACUGUUUUUCUAAACAGAUUUGUUGAAUAUGGUUUUGUUGUGUGUCCACAAUGUUGUAAAUAUAUUCCUGCAACUUUUUAUUGCUAACUAUCAACGAUUGGAAAUAUUUCUUUGAAACCGUUUUCAACUGUUCAUGUACUGUUGUGAAAAUUAUAUCAUUCAUAAGAGUAAUGAAUGCUGUCAAGUUACAUUCAUGAGAACAAAACUUGCAUUAGCUAAAAAGUGAUAUAGGAGAGACUUGUAUGCUUAAGCUUAUGUGUAAGCAUAGAUUGCAAUUACGUAUAAGUGCAUGCUUUUGUUUUCUUUGCUCAAAUCUGAAGAAACUGAUGUUGUAGUAGGGUAGACUUUAGGAAUGGUGACACCAGUGCUGUAAAGAUUUCAUUGUGACAAUGCAGCAGAUAUAAUUGGAAACAGCAUCAUGGCAAAUUUUUUGUUUACUUCCAAGAUGGCAAUUAUACAUUCAUUCUGAGCAUUCUGUGCUGAAAUUCCCUUUAGGUACUUUUCAUCUUCAUGGGUGCUGGGAGUUUUACUGAAUUGAAUCCUAUUUCUUACGGUCUUCAUCAGCCUGUGUAGUACAAUAUCAAAUCUUAUUUUUAGUACUUCAUGAAUGUUAACAGCUUUUUUGUAUACUCAUAACAAGUACAAUUUUAUUGUUCUCAUACACACAUCUUAAAAUGCUGUACUGUUUUCUUUAGGCAAUUUUAAGUGAGAAAUAUCUGAACUAAAUGACAACAUAUCAACUUCUCUUUCCCCAAAAAGCUAAAACUUUUUUCACAUUCCAUUGACUCAGGCAUUGUACAUUUUUUCUAGGCCUUAGCCCCAUGUGAAAAUAGAUUGCAGUUUUGUGUGGUACAUAUUCCUCAAGCAAUAACAUUACUUCUAUGAUAUUCGUUAUAGCUAUGGAUAAGUAUUAUUAUCUAAAAUUUUGCAAAUUAAUCUCCAUCUGCUUCAACAUCCGGUCUUGUUGUUUGCAUCUGAUGGUGGUACUGAUUAGAAACUGGAUUCUCAAAAUCUUCCAGUGUUAAUUCUAGGUCAGAAUGUUUUGUUAAACUUGAUGAGAUCCCUGUAAUCGUUCCAUAGUAUGCUGCUGAUUCCUGGUGGUGUUCAUGACACCUCAGGAUGGAUUAAGUAGGACAUGUAACUUUAUGAAUUAGGUUGGGCUUGACACCCUAGGUUAAGAUUGAUAAGCUAGCAUGUAACAGCUCCCUAAGAGUAAGAGAAGUACCAUUAAAAAGUGGACAUGGUAAGGAAAGCACUUGCCAAGUUUUACCAAAUAUUCUGAUGCAUUAUGAAUUUGGAGAGUUGCUGGAUAAACCUUUACUUUCAUAUUAAUAGAACAGGGUUACUUUAGAAUCUUAAUUCUUUACAUCAGUAGUCUCUUUUACAGUAGUGCUUUGAUGCUAGUUAUGUAAUAAGACUUUAGUACCUUUUUUCUUUUAAUUUAUAUGAGUAGGCCAUUUUAGUUAGAACUACCAAUGCUAUGCAAUUAGAUGUGAGAAUGUAUUUUUACUGAGAACAAUAAUUUAGAUCAAAGAUUUCCCAUAGGUUUUGAGAAUCUAGUCUAGUAUUAGAAUAAUACAGAUCCCAUCUUAUGUAUAGUGACCAAAAUGUCCAUGGAAUUUAAAACACUAAAUAUGUAUCACCAUAAAUUUUUGGCAGUUUAGGUAAAAGUCCCGAAACAUUUGCCUUAUUCUUUUCGUUGGGUAAUUAUUAGGAUAUACAUACAGUAAUUCAUGAAAGACUGGCUCCUCUCCUUGUAAAUGUGGGUCAGUUAAUGUUUAUCAUUCCCAAUAAUAAAGAGUUGAAACUUUACAAAGACUGCCAGGAGGGAAGAACAUGAAAUGUGCAGAAUUUAGCCCUUUCUCACUAAUAUGCAAAGGUAGCUAUGGGAAGAUUGAAAUCGUCCUUAUUCAUAGCUCAUAAUUUCAUAGAAAAGGUGAGGAUGGAUUUGUGAUGGUUAUGAGUGUUCUUUAUUAGUUAUUCUUGUCAUAUGGUAAAAUUAAGUUAAUUUAAUCAUGUGAACCAACCUAUGAGAAUACAUAGAGGAAUAAUUCUUUUAAUGUUUGUUGCCUGUGCCUUGCCUUGUUAGUGGGUUUAGCUGAGUUUGGAUUGAAGUUGCAUUGAAAAAUCUAGUCAACUAGUGCUGUGCUUCCAGGGAUGAAGUUCUCACCUGUUCCCAGCAGUUGGUCCUGAGGGGUCAGAGAAGACUGUGGUGUUGGUGAAGAGAGGUUAAGGAGGUGCACAGAGAGACGUGUUAGAUGCCAUAGGCUGCAUGCACACCAUAAGCAGUAAUGCUUGAUGGAGCUAUAGUCGAGAUCAUUUUACGCAACUCUGUAUUUCUUGAAAUGAUCUGCACAUUUCACAUGAAGAGAACUGCCCAAAACUGUAGCGUCCUUCCUAUUUUAUAUGCAUACCUAUGCAAUUUCAUAAAUUCGAGUAAACUUAAGUUUGCUUGAAGUGAUCCCUAAAGUAUUCCUUUUCGAGAAUCUAAUCUUAGGCUUUCAUUCAAAUCACAACUAGGAAUAUUUUCAUCUGGAAGAAAACAACCUCUAAAAGUAAAACUAACAGUGCCCAAUGAUUAUUGAUACAAACCUGAGAUGAACUUAUUGUGAUCAGCUAUUAAUAUUGCCUUCUGUAAGUGGAACCCAUAAUCUAGAACAAGCUUUUCUUCUACAUCAAUAAAACCUCCUUUCUAAAAAUCUCACAGACAGUAUUACUAUUGAUCCGUCCAUGUAUAUAUGUACUAAGAAGCCUUGUGAAAAUGCACAAUUUCUAAUCCAAGAGCACUCUUAUAAAAGGCAUGAAAAUUUCCUGAACAUCUAACAGAGUUCAUCAACACCUUCUCCAGCUGUAAUGUAACUGAUGUUUAUAGCUAGCAGGAUAGAGAACAUUAACAUAAAGAAGUGCUUCUGAUUGUUUGGAUCCUGGCAGUUACUUGCUAUCAUUGAAAUAAUGAAGGUCAAAUCUUUGAGACUGUUACAGUAUUGAUCGUCUGUUCCUUACAUUCAGCGUUGAGACAACAUUUCACUUAGCUGAUCAUAGUUAUCAUUAAUUAAUUUUCUUGUUUUCCAUAAUCUUAGUACUUUAUACAGAGCACUGAAAAUAAGCAUGUUCAAAAGGUUCUGUUUGAAGACUUGUGCUUUAUUGCAGGGCAGACAGAAUUGAUUUGCUGUUAUAGUGUUAGAAUUUUGACCAUAUGAUCAGAUAGACAAUUAGUAAUUCUUAACUAAAUAAUGUGGAAUGGCAUUUCAGUAUAGUACUGUAUAAUAAAGUUUUAGACUGGCCAGCAAACUUGCCAAAAAUCACCCAAGGUUAAAUUUUUUUCUAAGCUUGAGAUAUAAUUCACGGCUGAGCCCAGAAAUAGAUUUUUCCUACGUCAAAAUCCCUUUUAUAUACCUAUCUGAUAGAAAUAGGAUGCUUUUAAUUCCAUCAUAAUGAUUCUUAUUUGAUAAAAAUAUGCAGUGCUUUUUAUUUCAUGGACGCUGGUACAUCCACUGUCUUUUGAACUGAAAAAGGAUGUUCUCAUACCACAAUUCAUUUCACUGGCACUAGGACACAUCCAGAACGUGAAAGGCAGAUUCUACUGUUGUAAGAAAAAAGAUAAGAGGCCAGCUCUGAGGGUACUAGAAUUUCAAUAAUUGGUCUGGAUAAAUUUUUUUUAAACAGAGAAACAAAUGGAGGUUGGAGGUAGUUAGUGAGAGAAACAGAUGGAGAUUUUAGACAAUAGUACAUAUAAGUUACUAUGGUGUUAGUAUCGAAAGCUAUCUGUACUUUGCUUGAGUGGGUAAUAUUAUGUUAAUGGUUGUAAUAGCUGUAAAAUCACAGUAUUGUGUACAGGGGGCCGAGGCUUAUUCUGUAUUAGGCAUUGUAGGCCUUAGGUGUACAAUAUAUUCUCUAUUAAUUGAGAAUGGACCAGAGUAGAUCACAGUGGCCAUGCCGUUGAACUUUCUUUUUUGGCCGAUGAGUUUAUUCAGAAUAGGUCUGCAACUUGAGCAAAUUUAAGGGGAAUAGAAUCUGUAAAUGGUAAUGUUUGACAUAAAGGACUACUAUAAUUGUAAUAAUGUCACAUCAUAAAGCCAUUGAUAUUAUGAACCAAGAUUUUAUAUUGUAAGGAAGGGUACUUUAUACAAAGCUUGCACACUUCAUAGGAAAUUUCAGUGUUUCUUGAGAAAAAAGUAUGUUGCAAAUAUCCAGUUCAUCAAAGCACUUAAAAUUUAUCUAAGUUGAAUGUUAUAAUUGCAGUACUCUGUGCCCUUAGAUCUGUUCAAGAUGCAGAUUUCAUACGCUGCUGUUAUUAUUUUCUGAAUGAUUUAUCUCGCUACAUAUUGUGAAACUGUAUAUUUUUAUGACCGGUGUACAUUUGCAAUACUGCCAAAGAUGUUAUACAAUUGUGAUAACUUGAUAGCUUUGUAUGCUUCACUUUCUCCUUUCUCUGAAAAUCUUGUAUGCAUUUGCUUAGGGUUUUAGUGUUUGGUUAACAUUAGAGGUAAAUGUAUGGGAUUUUGCAACAUAUCCUCGAGCUCUCCUUAAAUAAUGUUCCAUAACAGGUAAGUGCAGGUAUUUUUAUAUAUACAUGCAUCUCGCUAGAUUUGAAAAUAAUUUUGCCAUUCUAGUGAGGUAAAGUGCAAUACUUUAACAAUGUAUUGAUGACAUGGUUAUGAUAAAGAACUAAAGAUUUUAAAUAUAUUUUGAAAAGGAAUCUCAAAAAUUACAGAAAAAACAAGCAUAUCAACAGGUGCAGUAUCAUUGUUUUGCUUAUUCUUUAAAGUAAGAGCAGUGUGAGGCUUUGCUGAGGAGACCUUAUUAACUUAAAAGAUUAGGCUACAAAUUCAGUAUUAAGUUUCAUUUGGGCCAAUCCUGCAUCUCUUUCUCUAUCUGACUUCAUGGUCAACCUACACAUGAUAUAAAGGAGUUUGUAUUAACUGUAGAGCUUUUUAAUGUACCUCACAGUGAAUUAAUCUUGCUGUAAUUUACAUAUAUAAAAUUUUUAUUCUUCUAAGUAAAUAUGUAAUGGUAAAGAUAACCACUUCAGAUGUUGAAGGUUGGAGGCUAUGUACCAUAAAUUUGUAACUACAAUAAUCUGUAAGCAGGGUUGGUCUGCAUUUAAAAAAUAAUAACAGGGAAUCCUUCAUGAAUUUAUUUGAUAAGUGUAAUGUUAUUACUUAAGAGAGUUAACAACCAAAGACCUUCAGAAAGAGAUACUGCAUAAACUUAAAGAAGUUAGUUUUUGUUCAAUAGCACUUGCAGCUUUGUGUGUGCUAUGCAAUUCAAAAUACCUUAUGGGUCGGUUUUAUGAAUGAUUACCAACUGACUCAUAAGCUGAAAUGUGUUCCUAAUUUGUGUUCAUGCACAAUAUGAUCUAAGGUAUUACAUUCAUAUGUGACUCGAUCUUGAUCAUGUCUCAAGUCCUUGAAUGCCGAAAGACUUUGGACUAAGUACGUAUUCGAUGUGGAUCAUAUUCAUGAUUUCAGCCAUUGAAUAAAGAUGCCUAAAAGUUGGGUUGUAACAUGCUACUUUAGCUUUCUAAAUACUGAGGUUUUGUAAUGUUGGUGUUGGCUUGUCUUUAUAUUCUUUAUGACAAAGACUGGUUUUGCUCUGAUGCUCGUAGGUGGCUUCAAAUAUUGAUUCCCUUUAAAAUAAUCUAGAGACCAAAUGUAUAUUUCUUUACAAGAAAUAGGUACUACUCAUUCUCUUUGUACCUUUUCAUUUUAUUGUGAUUAGUGCUAUGGAUCAUAGUACAUGGUAAUACAUAUGAUGUGCAGUAUUAACAUCUGACAUAAUUUAGCUUUCUCAAGAUGAACUGGUAGUUUAGAGUAAGAGGCUUAUACAAUAUGCAAUACUUUUGUAUCAUUUAGUAUUGGGGAAAUUGUACCUGCACAGUCAGAGUGAAAAUUCUGUAAAUGCAUAUUGCAAUAUCUAAUCUAAUUUUAUGUAAUUACUUUUACUUGUCAGUUUCAUAGGUUGCAUGUAAAUAGGUGUAAAUGAAAAAGGUUAUCAACCUGCUUUUAUGGUUAACAUAUCUUUCUUUGGUCUUUGUUUAGUUUUCUGUAGUAAAUUUUAACAAGAAUGCCUGUUUUUGCAAUAGGCAUUAUGAGAGUUUCUUCUGUGACUGUGCAUAAUGUAGCACACUUGAGAAAGUUCAUGUACUGUACUCUGUUUAUAGAGAAAAAGACGAAAGUUAAAGAACAAUGAUUUGACUGAUAUAAGAAGCUGAAAUUUAUGCAUAUCCCUGUUUUAAGAAAUUUGUGUAAAACACUAACCUUCCUUUUUAGCUUUGAACAGUUCAGCUAAUUCAGAUUGUUGAUUAUACAUAAAUGCAUGCAUUAAAGCAACCAACAACGGAUUCAGUGUUAUUCUAGCAUUUUUAAUUGGUUUUUGGUUGCUCUGAUAAUAUGCAGGUACAGUAUAUAUUAUAUACACAAAUUCAUUAUGUAUGUAUACUCACAACAUUCUUUAUAUAUGUACAUGCUAAUCACUGUAGUAACUACAUACACAGUGCAUAUUUACAUUAUAUGUCAUAUCUUAAGGUGCAAAUUCAUUUAUGUCAACUCAGUUUAACAUAAGAUAAUGAAUUUAAUGAACGAUUUAUUUCUUGUGUUGCUUGUUUGCAAAAUUUACGAAGAAACAUUUGAAAUUGGUUAGGUGUACAGCAUUUUCCCAUUUUCAUUCCUUUUUCUAAAAUUAUGCUUUGACUUUCAGCUCUCUCAGCUUUCAGUCCUAAAAAUUAGGUACAUUACUAUACUUCCCAGGUUCUAAAUUUUAUCCAUUACAGUAGUUGGUGGCAUUUUGAAACCUCAUUUUGUCAUGAGAAGCAUUUGCUUUUUAUAUGCAAUGGUAUGUCAUACACACUACGUAUACAUAUAUGUUUAUGUCUGUACGUUUAGAUAUGUAAAUACUUUACAUACAUACAGUACAUGAAUAUACAUACAUACAUACACAAACUUGUAUACAGUACAUACUUGUAACAUACAUAAUCAUAAAUUUUUAUAUGAGUGUGUUCAUUAUUAAUCUAUACAAGUAUUGUAUUUCAUCUGGAGUUUUCUUUACGAUUCUUACAAAUUAUGUGUCGCAGUAACAUAUACUUCGGUAGUAAGUGAUAUCAUAUAAGGAAAUGUUUUCUUAUAAUUUAUCCAUACAUUUCAGUGUUAUUUUAGCUGUUUAUGCACAAAAUAAGUGUAGGUGAUGUUUUAUUCAAGAGAUGGACAAUACUAAGUGCUAUUUGUAUGCAAUUCUUACAGACACUGAAUCCUUGCUGUGAAAAUUCAUGACCAAAUGCAUUGGACUCUGCCAAAUAUUGUAAACUUAUAAAGUGUAAUUAUACAUCAUAUUUAGGUAAUAUUAGAUUUCAUAUGACUUGUACAUUAUUCAUUCUGAAUAAAAAAUUUUUUAACAUGAUCUAAUGCCAAUACAUAAAAGAAAGUAAAUUUCUUU